AUGAAUUCUGUGUUUGCCGAUCAAGUUACAGAGGAAAGAGCGGAAAAUGCACGUAUGUCUGCCUUUGUUGGUGCUAUCGCUGUCGGUGAUUUAGUUAAAACAACUUUAGGUCCAAAAGGUAUGGACAAACUUUUACAAAGUGCUUCUAGUGAUAGCUCUUUAGUGACAAAUGAUGGUGCCACAAUUCUAAAAUCUAUCCCGUUAGAUAAUCCUGCUGCUAAAGUUUUAGUUAAUAUCUCUAAAGUUCAAGAUGAUGAAGUUGGUGAUGGUACUACUAGUGUUACUGUUUUAAGUGCAGAAUUAUUACGUGAGGCUGAAAAGUUGAUUGACCAAUAUAAGAUCCACCCACAGACUAUUAUUGAAGGUUAUAGAAUUGCCUCUAAGGCUGCUUUGAAUGCAUUAGAGAAGGCUGCAGUUGACAACUCUUCUGACAAAGCAAAAUUUGAAAAAGAUUUAAUUCAAAUUGCCAAGACCACAUUAUCCUCUAAGAUUUUGUCUCAAGAUAAAGAUUAUUUUGCUAAAUUAGCUACUGAUGCCAUUUUAAGACUAAAUGGGUCGACAAACUUAGAGCACAUCCAAAUUAUUAAGAUCCUUGGUGGUAAAUUAUCUGACUCAUUUUUGGACGAAGGUUUUAUUUUAGCUAAAAAAUUUGGUAAUAAUCAACCAAAGAGAGUAGAACAUGCAAAAAUUUUAAUAGCUAACACUUCUUUAGAUACAGAUAAAGUUAAGAUUUUUGGAACUAAAUUUAAAGUUGAUUCUACAUCUAAAUUAGCACAAUUAGAAAAAGCAGAACGUGAGAAGAUGAAGAAUAAGAUUAAUAAAAUAUCGAAAUUUGGUAUCAACACAUUUAUUAACAGACAAUUGAUUUAUGAUUACCCAGAACAAUUGAUGAGUGAUCUUGGUAUCAAUUCAAUCGAACAUGCAGACUUUGAAGGUGUUGAAAGGCUAGCUCUAGUGACUGGUGGUGAAGUUGUUUCUACAUUUGAUGAGCCAGAUAAAUGCAAGCUAGGUGAAUGUGAUUUGAUUGAAGAAAUAAUGAUCGGUGAAGACACAUUUUUAAAGUUUAGUGGGUGUAAAGCAGGCGAAGCUUGUACUAUUGUGCUAAGAGGUGCCACUGAUCAGGUCUUGGAUGAAGCAGAAAGGUCUUUACAUGAUGCAUUAUCUGUUUUAUCUCAAACUACAAAGGAAACAAAGACAGUUCUUGGUGGUGGUUGCGCAGAAAUGUUAAUGUCAAAAGCUGUUGAUACAGAAUCGCAAAACGUGGAUGGGAAAAAAGCUCUUGCGGUAGAAUCAUUUGCUCGUGCAUUAAGACAAUUACCUACUAUCUUAGCUGAUAAUGCAGGUUUUGAUAGUAGUGAAUUAGUCACUAAAUUAAGAUCGAGUAUUUACAAUGGUCUUUCCACAUCAGGCCUUGAUUUGAAUAGAGGAGUUAUAGCAGACAUGAGGGAAUUGGGUAUUAUAGAAAGUUAUAAAUUGAAAAAUGCCGUUGUUUCUUCUGCUUCUGAAGCUGCAGAAGUUUUAUUGAGAGUAGAUAAUAUUAUUCGUGCAAAACCAAGAACUGCUGAUAGACAGCACAUGUAA